CCGCCCUCACCGCACGCCACCGUCGAGCCUCAUCUACUCGUGCACACGAAGGUAUACGCCGCAGCUACCAAAUAUGGCAUCGGUGGACUGAAGGCGUUGGCGAUGAAAAAGCUCAAUAUUCAGCUGACACGUCAUUUCGAUUCGGCAGAGCUGGCGGAUAUGAUCCACUUCGUGCGGUCGGAACACCUGACCGGAGAUGAAGGUCUGCUAGAGGCCUUGGCGAACGUUCUGAGCUGGCACCCGAUGCUAUUGGACAAGCCUGAUAUCGAAGUGGCUGUGAAGGGAUGCCCGGGAUUGGCUUUUGAGAUUCUC